AUGCAGGGCUUAACAGUGAUAUAUGUACCUCGAGAGGGUAGCGACCUGACCGAGGAGGACAGCCUCGAUAAGGAGUUGGUCAAGAGGCUGGAGAGUGUGGUAGCCUACUGGACCACCCAAAUCAGGAUUACACUCUCGGACCAGGACCAAGCAACACCCAACGAAUUGUUAUGCCUGAAAGACGAGUACGAAUUUUGGAUUUAUCGACACGACAAUCUCCGAGGUCUGAAUCACCAGCUUCAAAACCCAACGGUAAACAAGAUAGCAGAGUUCCUGUUGAUAAGUCACUCGACAUACGCCCGUCAAUUUUUGUCGCUGAAAGACGAGAUCGAGAACGGAGUGAUAGAGGCGAAAUCCAACAUCGAGUACCUUCGGAUCUUAAUAGAUCCUUCCGCGGAACUAGAUAAAUGCACCACGCCAUCGAGCAUCCAGGAAUACCUGAUGGUAAUCAUACACUUGUUCAGAACAAUCUGGCUGAAUUCACCGUUCUACAACAGCCACGAGAGAAUAGAGAAUCUCUUCAAGGCUCUUAAUAAUCAAAUUAUCAUCAUCUGUCGGAAUUACACCGACUUGAAGGAUGUAUUUGCUGGGAAGACCAGAAGCUCCAUAGAAAAGUUGCAGGAGAGCGUGAACGUCUGUAAAUACUACAAAUCACUCUACGACAAGAUAGCGCUAGCCCACAACACUCUGACGAACAUACCGUGGGAUUUAAACAGGGACAAUAUAUUCCAGCAUAUUGAUAUUUUCAUUAGCAGGUGCCACGACAUGAUCGAGAUCUGUCAGGCGAUGAUCGAUAUUGCCAGAAUAGACGAAACGACGGAGAUGAUGAAGCCAAUGUUCAGUGGAACGAAGGGAGAGGAACGAGAAAGGGUGUGUCAAAAGAUCGAGAGACUGUUUCACGAGGCAUUGGGGAGGAUCGAGCAAAAUUCUCACAAGAUCUUCGACGUUUAUCACGGCACGUGGCACGACGACAUGUUCGCCUUUCACAACGAGAUGAAAGAUCUAGAGGUCAUCAUCGAGAACCUGGUCGUGUCAGUUUUCGCGCGUAUGAACAGCGUUCAAGACGCGGUUGGAGAUCUUCAGGGUUUCUACCCGUACAUGAACCGCGAGAAACUGAAAGCUCUGUUCGAUGCUAAAACACUCGAGAUAUGGAAACUGUUUGGCGAAGAUAUCCAACGAACGAAGCAGGAGGUACUGAACGAAAUGGAGGAGUAUCCUUCGAUGACUCCGUAUUAUGCAGGCAGGGCAUUGAACCUACGGCUGAAAGGUGCUCACGUGCAAUCAACAAGAGAGGUGCUCGAGGAGGCCGUGUGGAUGCCCUAUUGCAACCUUAGCAAAGAUAUCUACUAUCAGCACGACCUGCUGAAGAAAUCGAUCGAGGAUUUGAUCGUCGAUCUGUAUGCCAAGUGGGUGCACGAGGCCGGUGAUAAUCCCCGUGUCAAGCUGGAUCGUUUCCUCAUGCGACGCACCGACGAAUCGCCUGGAUUGCUCCGGUGCAACAUCAAUCCAGACAUUUUGAACUUGUGCCGCGAAGCCGCCUACUGGAUCGCUCUUAAAUUCACCAUACCUGUCCAGGUGCAAAUCGUUUACGAUAAAUGGGAAACACUUCAUUUCGUUUACGAGAGCGUCCUUGCUGUAACUAUAGGCUACAAUAAGAUGAUCGAGGCUUUGUCGAGGACAGAGUGCGAGCUGUUCCGCGAACUAAUUCGCCAGGUAGACAGGAAGAUCAAUCCCGGCUUAAACAGGCUGACAUGGAACACGGAAUACGUGGACGCAUACAUCGAGGAUUGCUUUAACCAAACGGCAAAUCUUCAAGAGUUCAUCGACGUUUAUAAAGAAUCGAAUCAUCAUAUCACGAAGAUAUGCGAGAAUAUUUGCAAUACGCCGCUGAUCAAAAUCAGGCCUAAUUACACGUAUGCUCUGGAGGAAUUGCAGCAGGAAUUAUUAAAAACCAGGGACGUGACUUUCAAAAUUCUUCUGGGCUAUCAUAAAACCAUCUUUCAGUACGUGCUGAUUAUUUUCGAUGGAUUUAAGGACGUUCUCGAGGAUUGUUUGCAAGAGUGGAAGAUGUAUUUGACCAGGAUGGACAUACUGAUAGGCGCGGCUUUCAAGAUGUGCCUGAUCGAAUCUCUGCAAGCUAUGCACGUUGCUCUUCACGGCGAUGGUACCACGCCACCAUCGCCACUCAUUUUAAUACACGUAGAACUUAUAGACAAUAAGAUCAAAUUCUUACCGGAUCUAAGCGAGAUCGCCAUGGAGUUUUCAGUGAUCUUCGACAAUCUUUUAGAUCCUUUGAAAUGCUUGACUCAACUGAUAAACAAUUUCAAAUUCGACUUCCAAGUGCCGCCAUUCUGGAAGAUGUACGAGAAAGAUCCAGAAUUGCUGGAUCUUCAACAGAAACUCAACGAUGAGGUGAACGUCUGUUUCGUUCAAGUGCAAAACUACCUGAAAACUUGGGAGCCCUUUCAGGAAGUUUGGGAAAUGAACAGAAACAUGUAUCUUCAGAGAUACGAGAAAUUGAAGCCUACGGCGGAGACGUUCGAUUCAGAUAUCAGCAAAUACGCGAUGAUAGCGAACAGCGUUCAGAUGCAGGAAACGUUGAUGACUGUCCACUUCCUCGAUAUAAACGCCGAUCGGCUGAAAGGCGCCAUCAUCGAAGAAUGCUCAAUUUGGCAGCAGAAGUUAAUUGACGUUCUGUUUCGGCAAACGGAGAAUAUGGUCACGCACGUGUACCACUAUAUCGCGGAUAAUUCUAAGAAAAUAACGAAAGAGCCGACAGAUAUCGUCAGCAUGCAGUACGCGAUGCAGCUGUUCGAGAAGCUGUACGCCGAUAUUCCUCGAGAGGAGGACGAAUUCCCGAAGAUCCACGACCAGUACCAGACUUUAGAGAAGUACGAAGUGAGCAUGACGUACGAUUUCAAGCGAAAAGUGCACGACAUACAGCUCGCCUGGAACGCGUAUCUGGCUCUGCUCGAAAAAUCCAAAUACAUGCUGAAGCAAAAGAAGGAGGAAUUCAAACAGGUGUUACUGCAAGAUGCCAUAAUGUUCCAAGAGGAGGUGUUGGCUCUGGUUGGAAAGUUUUUCGACACUGGACCAUUCACAUCUGCGUGGACCACGACAAAUGCGUUCGCCUGGUUAAGUCACGUGAAUCGCGAAAUUUCGUCACUGAAAAGAAGAGAAACCAAGCUGAAAUCGCAACUCAUGGUGUUUGACAUCAAUCAACCAGAUUCUCUCGAAGUGAUACAAUUGGAAGAGGACGUAAAAGCCAUUCAGUUGGUGUGGGAGAUCACCGAUGAGUGGAACAAAGCUUGGGAAAGAUACAGGACAGAGAAUUUCUGGGAGAUCGACAUAGAAGAGAUGGAGAACACGGCGAAUGUUAUUUUCAGGAAGCUGAAUCUUCUCAGUAGGGAGCUGAAGAAGAAAAAUUGGGAGAUCGUCGAACACUCGAGGACGAGAGUGGACAAGUUCAAGCGCACGCUCCCGUUAAUUACCGAUCUGAAGAAUCCAGCGAUGAGACCUAGACACUGGAAGAAAGUGAAGGAAAUCGUAGACCGUGAUUUCGACGAAACCUCCGCGGAAUUCACCCUUGAUACCAUCGCGGAGAUGGAACUGCAGAAUUAUGCCGAGCAGAUCAACGAUAUUUCAACCUCUGCUACUAUGGAAUUGGGUAUUGAAAUUGCUCUGAAAAAGAUUGCCGAGAUCUGGACAGACAUGCCUUUAGAGAUGAUCCCUUACAAAGACAGCGGAAUAUUCAAGAUAAAAACUAUCGACGACAUAAUGCAAACUCUGGAGGAUCAUCAAGUCCAGUUAUCAGCCAUGAAGGCAACAAGGUUCGUUGAACCGUUCACCGAGGAAGUUGAUUACUGGGAGAGGAUACUUUCGACCAUCGGUGAAGUCCUCGAAACGACUGUGUUAAUUCAACGCGGUUACAUGCACAUGGACAACAUAUUCACCUCGGAAGACAUCCGGAAACAGCUUCCAAAGGAGGCUGACGAAUACGACAAACUGACUCUCUCGUGGAUUGAAAUUACGUCGCGGAUGGCAUCCUACGGUUUAGCGCUGCAAGCCACUCACGAUCCACCUGGUCUGCUGGAGGUGUUGAAUAAACUCACUGUUAAGCUCGAGUCGAUGCAACGCGGGCUGGAACAGUAUCUGGAGACCAAACGGCACGUGUUCCCAAGAUUUUAUUUUAUUUCGAACGACGAUCUGCUGGAGAUACUGGCGAACGCCAAGAAACCUGAACUGAUACAGCAACAUGUUAAAAAGCUGUUCGAGAAUAUUAAAUGUCUCACCCUGAGUAAGUCUCCGGCUGGAAAGAAUUUGGCUGUUGCAAUGAACUCUAACGAAGGAGAAUAUGUCGAUUUUAUCCAGCCAGUGAAUCUGGAGAAUCUGGUGGAGAGAUGGCUAUGCGAUAUUGAGACCGCGAUGAGGGCCAGCCUGCGCGAGAUACUGAAACAGUGUCGAAGCGCGCUGCGAAAAAUGGCGGUGAAACGCGACAGGUGGGUGAAAGAGUGGCCGAGCCAGCCUGGAAUUACGUCCGCUCAGAUCCAGUGGACCACCGACUGCACCCGUACCCUCCUCCACUGCAAGCUGGUGGAUUCGAGGAGACCGCUGAAAAAGCUACGAAGACGACAGAACCAGGCAUUGAGCAGUUACACAGAAGCGAUCAGAGGCGAGUUGACUAAUCUCGACCGAUUGAAAUUCAAAGCGAUCGCGGUGAUCGAGAUCCACGCGAGAGACGUUAUCGAAAAGAUGUACCGAGCUAACUGCAAAGACGUGUCCGCCUUCGAGUGGCUGUCACAGCUGAGAUUCUACUGGGACAAAGACGUCGACGACUGCAUCGUCUGGCAGACGAACACGUACUUCGUCUACGGAUACGAGUAUCUCGGAAACACGGGACGUUUGGUGGUAACACCGCUCACCGACAGGUGUUACAUAACUCUCACCACCGCUCUUCACUUGCAUCGUGGUGGUAGUCCCAAGGGACCGGCUGGUACCGGAAAAACCGAGACCGUGAAGGAUCUAGGAAAAGCGCUGGGAUUCAAUGUGAUCGUGCAAAACUGCUCCGAAGGGCUCGAUUACAAAAGCAUGGGCAGGUUGUUCUCUGGAUUGGCGCAGACCGGUGCAUGGGGUUGCUUCGAUGAAUUUAACCGUAUAAACGUCGAGGUGUUAUCGGUGGUGGCGCAGCAGAUACUGUCGAUUCUCACCGCGAUCUCACAGAGGCUCACCAGAUUCGUAUUCGAGGGCACUGAAACAUUGCUGGUGCACACCUGCGGCAUCUUCAUCACGAUGAAUCCGGGUUACGCGGGUCGCACCGAACUUCCCGAUAAUCUGAAAUCCAUGUUCAGGCCAAUCUCGAUGAUGGUGCCAGACAGCGGCAUGAUCGCCGAGAUCAAUUUGUUCUGCGAGGGAUUCGAACAGACGCGAAUGCUCGCCAGAAAGGUUUUCACGUUGUACACGUUGGCUCAGCAACAGUUAAGCAAGCAGUGUCAUUAUGACUUUGGAUUGAGGGGAAUAGUGACUCUGACGAGGUACGCAGGGAGGAAGAAGAGACUUUUUCCGAAACUUCCGGACGAGGAAGUGAUCAUCCUCGCCAUGAAGGAUAUGAACAUCGCUAAACUCACCUCGGACGACUUGCCGUUGUUCCUCGGUAUCACCAGCGAUCUUUUCCCAGACGUGGAAGUACCGGCGAUCGAUUACGACGAAAUUAUCGCUUACAUAACCAAGGAGGUCAUCAAACUAGAGCUCCAGCCUAUUCCCCUGAUACUGACGAAAGUUAUCGAACUGUACGAGACGAUGAAUUCGAGGCACUCGACGAUGAUAGUGGGCGAGUCGAACACAGCGAAGACGGUUACAUGGACUGUGUUGCAGCAGACGAUGACGAGCAUGAAGAACGACAAGAAACCGGGAUACACCGCGGUUCACGUCUAUCCUAUUAAUCCGAAGGCGUUGAGCCUCGCCGAACUUUACGGCGAGUACAAUCUUGCCACUGGCGAAUGGCACGACGGCGUGAUAUCGUCGAUCAUGCGAAAAACCUGUUCCGACGAUAGCCCUGACACGAAGUGGAUCCUCUUUGACGGGCCAGUGGACGUUGACUGGAUCGAGAACAUGAACAGCGUAAUGGACGACAACAAGGUUUUGACUCUCAUAAAUAACGAUCGAAUUACCAUGCCGAAGCAAGUGUUGCUGCUGUUCGAGGUCCAAGAUCUCGCUGCCGCCUCUCCGGCGACAGUUUCGCGGGCGGGGAUGGUGUACAACGAUUACAAAGACCUUGGUUGGAGGCCUUACCUACGAAGCUGGCUGCAGAAGGUCCAAGGAAAGCCAGAAUUCGUAGAGGAAAUGAGAAAAUUGUUCAACGCGCACGUGGACGCCACCUUGGAAUUCAAACGACGAAAAUGCGAGGAUCUCGUCCCAGUUCCCGAAUUAAACGCCGUUCAAUCGCUGUGCAAGCUUCUGGAAGUGCUUGCCACUCCUGAGAAUGGGGUUCAGUUCACGGGCGAUGUAGACAUGUUCGCCAAUAUUUGCCGAAUAUGGUUCUUCUUCUGUUUGAUAUGGUCUAUUUGCGCGUCGGUCAACGAAGAGAGCAGAUACAAGAUGGACAAUUUCAUACGAGAGAUAGAGGGCACGUUUCCGAUACGAGACACUGUGUACGAAUACUUCGUGGACUCUCGAAUACGAUCGUUCGUUUCCUGGGAAGAACGACUGCCACCAGUAUGGAAGAUCCCGCCAAAGACACCUUUCUACAAGAUAGUCGUGCCAACCGUAGACACAGUCCGUUACGAGUACAUCGUGAGCUCGUUACUAAAUAACAGAUUCCCAGUCCUUUUACUGGGUCCAGUAGGCACAGGAAAGACGUCGGUGCUCCAAUCGGUGCUAAACUCUCUAGACAAGGAGAAGUACAGCGUGUUGACCCUGAACAUGUCCGCGCUGACCACCUCGAAGAAUGUACAAGACAUGAUCGAGAGUAGGCUCGAGAAACGCACCAAGGGUGUGUACAUCCCCGCAGGCGGCAAAAUCCUGAUCGCGUUCAUGGACGACUUCAAUAUGCCUAUGAAAGAGACAUACGGAUCGCAGCCGCCAUUGGAAUUGAUUCGACAAUGGAUAGGAUAUGGUUUCUGGUACGAUCGGGAGAAGCAGACGCAGAAGUUUAUACAGAAAUUGCAAUUACUGGCGGCCAUGGGUCCCCCGGGAGGUGGCCGAAACGUCAUUACAAAUCGUUUACUGACGAAGUUCAACGUAAUUAAUAUGACGUUCCCCGUAGAGAAGCAAAUCAUCAGGAUAUACGGAUCGAUGUUGGAUCAACAUUUUGGUAACUUCCACGCCGAAGUGAAGGGGAUAUCCAACGAAAUAACGCUUGCCAGCAUCGAUUUGUACAACAAAGUGAUCAACAAGAUGCUGCCUACGCCAGCGAAAAUGCACUAUCUGUUCAAUCUAAGGGACAUAUCGAAGGUUUUCCAAGGUCUGCUACGAAGUCACAAGGACUACCAAUUUUCCAGGCAAACCUUCCUUCGUCUAUGGGUGCACGAAGUGUUCAGAGUCUUCUCCGAUCGAUUGGUCGACGAAAAGGACAGGGAAUGGUUUGUAGAUCAAAUUGGCGAACAACUUGGGAAACACUUUGAACUGACCUUUCAUAAUGUCUGUCCUGAGAAACGGUGUCCCUUAUUUGGUAGUUUCAUGAACGCUUGGGACGUAUACGAGGACCUCACGAACCUCGCUGCCGUAAGGACUUACAUAGAGAAUCAAAUGGACGAGUAUAACGCUUUUACCGGUGUCGUUCGUAUGAAUUUAAUUCUUUUCCGUGACGCGAUUGAGCACAUCUGUCGUAUAGUUCGCGUGAUUUCACAGCCUCGUGGUAACAUGCUGCUGAUAGGAAUCGGCGGAAGUGGGAGGCAAUCUUUGUCCCGAAUCGCGAGCUACAUGUGCGAGCUGACAACCUUCCAGAUCACUGUGACGAAGCAUUACAAGCUAGGCGAGUUCCGCGAAGAUCUGAAGAUCCUGUAUACGAAAACAGGCGUGAACGACAAACCGACCACGUUCCUCUUCAACGACACGCAAGUGGUCGAGGAGCAAUUUCUCGAAAUAGUGAACAGCAUGCUCAGCACGGGGGAGGUGGUGAAUCUCUACAAGAGCGACGAAUUGGAAGAGAUUAAAAAGAAACUGACGAAGGAAGCGGCGCGCAUUGGACGAAUACCAACGACAGAGGCGAUCUACUCGCUGUUGAUCGAGCGGGCGCGUGCCAAUAUGCACUUGGUGGUGUGCAUGAGCCCGAUCGGCGACGCGUUCAGGAACAGAUUACGCCAGUACCCGAGCCUGAUCAACUGCACGACCAUCGAUUGGUUCUUGGAAUGGCCGAGGGAAGCUCUCCUCGAAGUUGGCAACAAGUUCCUCAUGAAUCUCAAUCUGACGCUCACUAUCACCGGCGAAAAUAAAGCGGAGCCCCGACAGUCGGCGACAGCGUUUCCUUUGCCACCGCUUCAGGACCGAAUGCGAGAUGGAAUUGCGGCGACCUUCUCUCUGAUCCAUGAGACUGUGUCACAGUUUUCCAACAGGAUGGCCGCGGAGAUGAAGCGCUACAAUUACGUGACACCAGUGAACUUCCUCGAACUGGUUGCCGGAUAUAAAACAAUGCUGGCGGAGAAGAGAGAGGAUUUGGCGAGCCAGGCGAACAAACUUCGCAACGGUCUCUCGAAGAUCGACGACACCCGCGUUAAAGUGAACGAAAUGGCUGCGGAGCUGGAAGUCACACAGCAGCAGGUUCAUAAAUCUACCAGGGAAUGCGAAGAGUUUCUGGUAACGAUAGUGAAUCAAAGACGCGACGCGGAUGAGACGCAAAGGACAGUGGCGGCGCGAUCGCAGCGGAUCGCGGAGGAACAAAAGGAGUGCAAGAAGCUCGAAGAAAUCGCCCGAGCUGAUCUCGCAACUGUUGAACCGGCUCUGAACGAGGCGAUGAAGGCCCUGGACGCGCUGAGCAAAAAGGAUAUCGCGGAGAUACGAUCGUUCACGCAUCCGCCGCCAAGAGUCGAGAUGGUAAUGGAGGCGGUGAUGAUCCUGAAAACCUCGGAGCCGACUUGGGCGGAGUCGAAGCGUCAACUCGCCGACGUGAACUUCCUGAACACGCUGCGAGACUUCGACAAGGACAACAUCUCUGACAGGACACUUAGACAGAUCGGCAAGUACACGUCGCACCCGGAAUUCGAGCCGGAGAAAGUGGGCAUGGUGUCUGUGGCGGCCAAGUCGCUCUGUAUAUGGGUCAUCGCUAUGGAACAGUACGGGAAGCUUUACAGAAUCGUUGCGCCGAAGAGGGAAAAAUUACAGACCGCGUUGAAAUCACUCAAAGAGAAGGAGCGAGCGCUGGAGGAGGCGUUGCAACAGCUACAGAGAUUGCAAGAGAGGCUGCAGAAGCUUCAAGAAAUGUACGACGCAAAGAUGAAAGAGAAAGAAGAAUUAAUUAAGCUGGCGGAACUAUUGAAGCUGAAACUGGAGCGGGCCGCGAUGCUGGUCGACGGCCUCUCAGACGAGCGAAUUCGAUGGGAGAACACGGUCGGUUCGCUCGGCGAGUUCUUCGACUGGCUGCCAGGUGAUUGCCUAAUAUCCACCGCCUUUGUGUCCUAUUUGGGCCCGUUCGUAUCCAAUUAUAGAGAGGAGCUGAUAAGCAUCUGGAUGAAGGAGGUGCAAGAAAAAGAAAUUCCAACGUCACCCCAGCUGGACGUAAAAGAAUUUCUAGCUGACCCUGCGGUCAUCAGGGACUGGAACAUGCAGGGAUUGCCAUCCGACGAUUUCAGUACUGAAAACGGUAUCAUCGUGACCAGAGGGACCAGAUGGCCACUAGUAAUCGAUCCUCAAUGCCAAGCAGUGAAAUGGAUCAAAAAUAUGAAAGCCAAAGACAACUUAAAAGUGAUCGAUUUUGGUCAACCAGACUUCGUCAGAGUAUUAGAAAACGCGAUCCAAUAUGGUAAACCAGUUCUACUAGAAAAUAUCGGUGAAGUGAUCGAUCCAAUACUGAAUCCCAUUCUUGAACGAGCUUUAGUAAAAAUUGAGAACCAGCUGAUGAUCAAGUUCAACGAAAAGAUGAUCAGCUACCACGACAAGUUCCGGCUGUUCAUCACGACGAAACUCGCGAACCCCCAUUACGCCCCGGAGAUAUCCACUAAAACGACGUUAUGCAACUUCGCCAUUAAGGAACAGGGACUGGAAGACCAGCUCUUGGGAAUCGUGGUCAGAAAAGAGAAGCCGCAGCUCGAAGAACAGAAGGACAAUCUGGUCUUCACGAUCGCGUCCAAUAAACGAACUCUCAAAGAACUCGAGGACAAAAUACUCUACCUACUGAAUGUAGCCGGAGACACUUUGCUGGACGAUCUGGAUUUACUGAGCACGCUGCAAUCGUCGAAGACGACGUCGAUCUCUAUCGAGGAAUCAUUAAUAGUCUCUGAACAAACGGAGAAGGAGAUAGAUCUCGCCCGAGAGGAAUACAGGCCGUGUGCACACCGUGCCGCGAUCCUCUUCUUCGUGCUGAACGACAUGAGCUUUAUCGAUCCGAUGUACCAAUUCGCGCUGGACGCAUACAUCACCUUGUUUAUGCUGUCGAUCGAGAAGAGCAGCAGAAGUACAAAGCUCUUCGAAAGGAUCGAGAAUUUGAACGAGUACCACACUUACGCGUUCUACAAGAAUACAUGUCGAGGCCUCUUCGAACACCACAAGCUGCUCUUUUCCUUUAACAUGUGCAUGAAAAUCCUGGACGCCCAAGAAAAAGUGAUUCACAGCGAGUACGCUUUCUUACUUCGCGGCGGGAUCGUUUUGGAUAGGGAAAAUCAGCCAGAUAAACCGGUUGCCUGGUUACCCGAUGAAACUUGGGAUAAUAUCACGGAGCUGGAUAAGCUCGCUGGAUUUCACGGGCUCGUUGCUUCUUUCGAGCAAUUCCCACGAGAUUGGAAUAAUUGGUACGUCAACACGGAGCCAGAGAACGCACCCCUAAUAGCGGAGUGGGAAACGAAUUUGAACGUGUUUCAAAAGAUGCUGCUGAUACGUAGCUGUCGUCCUGACAGGAUUUCCUUCUGUAUCGCCAGUUUCAUCGUGUUGAAUCUCGGUCAAAGAUUUGUCGAGCCACCGGUACUCGACCUAAAGGCAGUGCUCGAUGAUUCCGUGGCACAAACUCCUCUGAUAUUCGUCCUCUCGCCCGGCGUGGAUCCUACGAGCACCCUGAUGCAAUUAGUCGACAGCCAGGAAAUGACCAACCACUUUAUGACCCUAUCUCUGGGUCAGGGGCAAGCGCCCAUUGCCACUAGAAUGAUAGAGGUAGGUGCGAAAGAAGGUGCUUGGGUGUUCCUCGCGAAUUGCCACUUGUCGCUCAGUUGGAUGCCGAAAUUGGACAAGAUCGUGGAAACGUUGGCGGCCAGUAAAACCAUACACCCGCAAUUCAGAUUGUGGCUUAGCUCGAGCCCGACUCCCCAGUUUCCCAUAUCGAUCCUACAGGCGGGCAUAAAGAUGACCACCGAACCGCCGAAAGGUUUGAAGGCAAACAUGAAACGACUUUACAGCUUGAUAACCGAGACCCAGUUCGAACUGUGCCAAGCAAAGUCCAAAUACAAGAAGCUACUGUUCGCCCUCGUGUUCUUCCACGCGAUUCUCCUCGAGCGUAAAAAGUUCCAGCAAUUGGGCUGGAACGUCAUCUACAGCUUCAACGACUCGGACUUUGUGGUAUCGGAGAAUCUUUUACAAGUGUAUCUUGACGAGUAUCCAGUGACCCCGUGGGAAUCACUGAAAUACCUCAUAGCAGGUGUCUGUUAUGGUGGUCACGUGACCGACGACUGGGACCGCCGUUUGUUAAUGACAUACGUACAACAAUAUUUCACCGAAGAGGCCCUGACUGUCCCCUAUUAUCGUUUAUCAUCGCUACCGACCUAUUUCAUACCGAGAGAUGGUUCGUUGGCGUCCUAUCACGAUUUCGUCGUGGUUCUGCCGUCCAUUGACAAACCGGAAGCGUUCGGUCAACACCCGAACGCGGACAUCACCUGUUUAAUCAUGGAAACGAGGAAUAUGUUCGAAACGCUGAUGGGACUUCAGGUUCAGGCUGUUACCGAGGAAGAAAUUACUAAAGAGGAGAAGGUCACUCAGUUAAUCACGGACGUGCUCUCGCGAAUACCAAACGACAUCGAUUACGAGACAGCUGAGAAAUUGAUAGGCCCGAAGAAAACACCAUUGGACGUGGUGUUGCUCCAGGAAAUACAACGUUACAACGUUCUCCUGAAAAAGACUCGUGGCAGUUUAAAAGAUCUUCAACUGGCGAUCCAAGGUUUGGUGUUGAUGUCGCCGGAUCUUGAGGAGAUCUUCAACUGCGUAUACGAAGGUCGAGUCCCCUCGAUUUGGCUGACAGCGUAUCCGUCGUUGAAGCUGUUGGGCGCCUGGACGAGGGAUUUAGUCAGCAGGGUGGAACACUUCAGUGAAUGGGCUCAAACUACUCAUCCGCCGUUGCUGUUCUGGCUGGCCGCGUACACGUUCCCAACUGGCUUCCUUACCGCCGUAUUACAGACGUCUGCCAGGCUCUGGGGCGUCUCUAUCGAUUCCCUGUCCUGGGAAUUCACCGUUUUUACGAUCGACGAGUCGGCCAUAAUCGAACCGCCGGUGGACGGCGUGUACAUACGCUCUAUCUUUCUGGAAGGCGCUGGCUGGGACAAGAGGAACAGUGUCCUCGUCGAGCCGGCUCCCAUGCAACUUGUUUGCAACAUGCCGGUAAUUCACUUCCGGCCCACGGAACAGCUUAAAAAGAGAAGCAGAGGAUCCUACACAUGUCCCUGUUACUAUUAUCCUCAAAGAAGCGGGGCUGAAGGACGACCAUCAUUCGUGGUAGCGGUCGAUCUAAACGCAGGUCCAGAGGGAUCGGAUUUCUGGGUUAAAAGAGGCACUGCUCUGUUACUAAGUCUCUCCACAUAG